UGCUAGAAGCUGUGAAGGGAUUUUCAAUGGUCACCAACACACGGAUGCUCCUCAUGACAGCCAAGAGGUCGGACGGUGACCACUAUGCUCUUCAGUUUCUGCAUAGGCUCCGAUUCUUAAGCCUGGUCCACAUUGUGCUUGGUCACUGCUACGAGACUGUGUCGGACACCACGGGUAAUUUGCUGAACUUACUCAUCGAUUCCGACCGGUGGUUAAGCAUGAUCGUAGCAGCAGCGUUCAACAGUGUGGAGACGUUCUUUUUCCUCAGUGGAUUUUUCCUGUGCCUCACCGUAGCAAAACAGAAGACGAACGGCCUGCUUAUGUUCGUUGUGGGCGUUCUUCGAAGGCUCAUGAGGAUCUGCGUACCACUGUUUUUCAUCAUCAUGUGCUUCUGCAUACUACCGCUUUUUGUCACCGGGCCAGACACGAAAAUGUUCUUCAAGAAGCUUUACGAUGAAGUGUCCUCUGAGUGGUGGCACUACAUUCUUCACAUCAGAAACUUCUAUGAGGUAGGACCACAGCAUGUUCUUCCCCACACGUGGUACCUCUCCGCUGACUUCCAGCUCUUCGCUGUUUCGCUUCUUACGCUGGCCAUGCUGCGACGCCGGAAAACACUGGCCAUAGGAGCAUUUGCUCUGCUGUCUCUGUGUGGAUACGUCAUUGGAGCUUGGGCACUGGUGUCUUCUGAUGCGCUACCGUUCAUGGUAUUUCCUGGACAAACACCUGAGAUUACAAUCGACACCGCCCAUCUAUACUACAUACUAUCUUUCUGCCACGCGAUGUCUUACUUCAGCGGCUGCAUAACUUUCCUCAUCAUGGAGGACUUCAGGUCCCGCAAAAUCACAAAGGUCAUGCAGGUGGCCGGCUGGUGUAUAGCUGCGAGCUGUGGACUUUGCUGCCUCUUCAUGAAGCUCCCCUGGUACAAGGGUCCGAAUCCUACCUCAAAAGCGGGAACAUUGAUCGUCGCAUUCUCUGACCGCACCAUGUGGUCACUUUUUCUCGCUUGGAUCACGCUCACGUGCUCCUCAGGCCGAGGCGGCUUCGUGGGUCAGUUCCUGUCCUGGAACCUUUUCGUGCCUCUUAGCAAGCUCUCAUUUGGCGUCUACCUCAUCCACCGGCCAUUCAUCGAGCUUAUGCUACACUCUUCCAGGGAGCGUCUCUCCUGGUCGCAUUUCAACCAGGUUACAAUGCUGUUCUCAGUGCUUGAUUGGAGCUUCAUCCUGUCCUACUUUUCGUACCUGGCCUGCGAAGCACCGACAGCAGUACUGGACAAGCUUGUUUUUAACAGGCUCAUGGGUCGAGGAAAAGCUCGGAAGCAGAAGCAGCCAAACGAACUGAAGGGAUGCAGCGUGCGGUCAGAGAAGAAAAUGGACGACAUCAUAUGCUCGCGGUGCUAGCACUUUUUCUUUUCACUGUGCCCGCCGAUGUACCUGGACUUGCUCAUAUUGUGCACACCUACACUUUGGAGGCGCAGACACUCGAGUAAACAGUAACUGUGAUACAUUCUUUUUCCCGUCGGUUUCAUGUGUACCCGAGGGUGGCUCACUGAUGUGAUAUCUGCAUGCGUCAACGAUUAAUUACCUGUGAAACACUUCUGUUGACAUUGUGGUCAUCGGUUCGUGGUCAGCGAUUCUGCUCCGGUCGGACAUUUAGUCAGCGCCGCGAUGCAAUGACAGGUGGGCGUCAGCGAUGGUCAUGUACCAUAUGACGCUAUGUCUACAAAGAACUCAGCUUGCGCAAUGCGAGCUAGGCGGAGCUCACACGUUGACUGCUUUAGAACCCUUAGCAGGCUGUAAAAUGGAGUGUCACAAAACCCCGCUACUGUUCCCAGUGCACUGGAUUUGAUGCUGCUGAGCAGGGUUUAAUAUUGUAUUAGUGGUCUACAGCCUGCCUAUGCACCAAUGGAGCGCGAUAUAUUUCUCUGUUACCGGAGUUUUUUUUCCUGACGUGCACCAUUGGUAUUCCGACACGACUGAAGAAAAAAAUAAGAGGCCAUUCUACAGCGCCUUCGUCUUGCAGUCCCACACACGCCUAACGUUGUGGAAAGAUUGCAUCAACGAUCUUCUUUAAACUCCGAGGAACAGGAAAAAAAUAUUUGCCUAUCCAAUCUGUCACGGCGCACAAGAAUCAUUCCACGUAGCCCACCUACUUUGAGGUUCUCCUUGAAGAAUACAUCAGAAGAGGACACCUUCCUCGACCGCACGUCUCCCCUUGUGAUCUGCACAGCUUCCAAGCCUGGACGUAUGGUCUUCACCAUAACUGGUUCCUCCCUGUCAUUGCGGAAUCUGGCGUGGGUUCUAUGUUGUAGGAGA